AUGGACCAAGCGACGUCCGCAUCCCCAGAGAUGACCUUCAGUGUCCUGGCGUCCACUGCUCCAGUCCUUGCGCCACGAGUAGGCAAAUUGGCCAUUCCAGGCCGCAAGACCCUUGCGACGCCGCACCAUGUCCCGCUCACUUCGAGAGGCACAGUUCCACAUGUUGCGCACGAUCUGAUGCGCGAUCACACGGAGAUCAAUAGCUUGUAUGUUGGAUUGGAAGAUUCCGCCGAUAUGCCUUUGAUCCUAGGUCCGCGGCGUUUCCCUCCGAUCCCAUGCCCCCCUGCGAACACAUCGACUUCCGUCGCGCUGCUGACUUCAGUCGGGUUCACCCAGUUAUCUGCGCAUGAAUAUGUUGAGGCGGUUCAAAAGCUGAGACCUGAUAUUGCGGUUGGAAUGGUAGAUCUGGCUAACAAACAGCCCGGAUCCAAGAGGAGGGGGAAGAUGGUUGACCGGACGCAUGCCUGGACCCGAGAUGCACUGGAGCAGCUCUAUGGGAACGCUGUGGCAGAACGGGAAAAGUCAAAAAGCGCAUUCUUUGCACCAAUCUUACCUCUUGAUAAUGCGCAGCAGUCCCUCUAUUUGGAUGAUUUGGAGAGCGAGUUCCGGUGGGAUGUCUCCGGCCUCGCGCUAUAUCAAUCUGCGUCAUUGGGAUUUGUUCCAGAGUCGUUGGCGAACCUACCUCGUUUGCUCUUCAGUGAACCCGAGACUCCCCACACUAUCCUGAGUGAUAUAUCCCUCGGAGCAGACCUUCUGACCACGCCACUUCUGGGCGCAGCAUCAGAUGGUGGUAUUGCGAUGGAAUUCGUCUUCCCGGCUCCUGCUACCCUGCAAGAGGGCAAAUCUGAGCCUUUGCCUUUAGGAGUGGAUCUGUGGACUGGAAGUCACGCUACAGAUGUGUCACCGUUGUGCGAUGGAUGUGAAUGCUAUGCCUGCAAAAAUUACCAUCGUGCUUAUAUCCACCAUCUCCUACUUGCCAAGGAGAUGACUGCUUGGGCCCUCCUUCAGGUCCAUAAUUUCCACAUCAUGGAUAAAUUCUUCGCAGGAGUGCGGAAAAGUAUCCAACGUGGGUCCUUCGAGCAGGAUGUUGAGACGUUUGCUCGUUUUUAUGCCUCUUCGAUGCCGGAGACUAGUGGAGAAGGUCCUAGAUUACGUGGAUAUCAACUCCCGGCCAACGGGCCUAACCAGCCCCGCCGCAUGCCUAAGGUAUACGGCCAACUUGAAGAUGCUAUACAAAAAUUCGCCGAGGCCCAGUCUGAAAUUGCUACACCGGACACCGACGCGAGUGGACUCGAGGAACACGGGUUUGCCGAGAAGUUGUGA